AUGCGAUUUUUUAUUGCAUCGUUUUAUUUUUUAUCAAUUUUUUUGGCUCAAAUCCAAAUUUGUGAUUGUGGAGUUCGGAAUCGAAAUUCGAAAGAUGAUAUGGCUUUCAGUUUUGGGACCAUUGAAAAUGGUGAAAAUUAUGGGGCAAGACCAUUUUUGGAGGUGAGUUUGAGAGGCCGUGAAAAAUAGAUACAGCAUAGACUACAGUAAUCUGUUCCACAUGACAUUAAAUUUGAUUUUUUUUGUCUGAAAAAUCCCCAAAAUUCAAAUAUUUUUUCUCAGAUCCCAGUGGAUGGCAAAAAACUAACAGUACCCAAAGCCUUCUAUCACUACACAGAAAAUGAAAUGUCAGCUGGCGCGAAUUUCGGAAUUCCAGAUGAUGCUCGACUUAUGCAAACUGAUUCGCUGUUUGUGAAUAAUCGAAAAGAAAUUAAUGGGAUUUAUUUGCCGCUUCCAAAUAUGGAUCCAAUUAAUUUGCAUUUUAUUAAUGAGAAGUGAGUUAAUUCAGGAUUUUGUAUCAUGAGAACUUUGAAACCAUCUAUGAUCUCUAAAAAUCUUGAUUUUCAGAAUUUUCGAGAAAGGAAUCGACACAAAAGCGCACGAAGAAUCUCCAGAAAGCGUGCUCCAUCGGGCUAAAAUGUAAGAACCUUCUGAAUCUCUGGGUCCAAAAAUCUUUCAGGCUCUGCCUUCACGGUUCAGAAACCGAGUGCGAGAAACAACUUCUGAAAUAUCAUCGAGUGAAGAGCGAGGCAAUUCGGAGGGAAAGAAUGCCACUUCAUGAGCAACUUAUGGAGCUGGUGGGUUUCUAGGCAACUGGGAAAAAAAUCUAGGUGUAAAUGUGGAGCUUCGUAUAGCCGCCAAAAAAUGAGUAAUCCUGGAGCAUCGUAAUUUUAUGAUUAUUUCGAAAAAUUAUUUUUUUUCCCGCGAAAACACAAGGUGUAAAUGCGGAGCAUUGUAUUUUACAACACCAAAUUCAAUUUUUUUCAGGGAAGCCUUUCAUCUUCUGCAAAACUUCACGAUAAAGAGGGAAAUGGAAUGGGAGUUGUUGUCGGAGUUCCGGGUUACGAUCCAAUGUACAUUGGAGCGAAUUUGGGACAUGAUAAUGGACAAAAUUUGGAUAUUAAUUUUGCGCCGCCUUCUUAA